CAUUCAAGUAAACGCUACUCGCCUAAUGGCUAAUCCGUUUAGUUAUAGAUAAUAAGUUAGUACAGAAAAGAACCACUGUGUCGCUUCAAUCGCAUUUAGUCGAUGGAAUCGCGAAUAGACUGACACGUACGUAUUCUAUCUCGUUUAGUUACGUUUAGUUCAACGCCGGUAUAUUUUAUUAGAGUUAUUGUUCUUGAUCUUUGAAGUCUAACGUCCCUCUUGUUGCAAUGUUUAUAAUAAUCGUCGAUAAGACGUUCAUGAAAGACGUUCCUUUGUGAUCGCUUGAAUGUCGAAGGUGGCUUUAGAAAUCGUAACCGUUAGAAGGAAUUGUAACCGGCAAUUAGAUAUAGACGGAUAAAAUAUCGAUCGUAAAGAAGAACGAAAUAAAAAGGAUCAAUUUCGAGGAACAAACAAAUAAGAAAAAUAAUCACUAUGAGUUUAAUGACGCCUUAUCUCGAAGCGAUUCAAGCGAUUCCAGGUGACACGCCUACCGAAAAAUAUCGAUGGAUAUCGAAAAUGAUAAAAGAUCGUAUCAAAGUUGAGGGUACGGAAUUCGAUUUGAAUAUCUGGACGAAUAUUAUAGGUCAGCCAUUGAUACCGCUUGUAAAAAUAAUUGCUGGGAAUAUGUUAAAGAAGUACGAUGUCGUUACGGAGGCAUUAAAAUCAGACGAUAUGUUUGUAGUAUCAAAAGCACUCAAAGCACGUUGGUAUUUCGACGGACGUAAUAAGAAAAUAGUAAACGUUGAUUUUUUCUUUGAAAACAUCUUGCCUUACGUGUCCUUGAAAAUUAGAGCACGAAUUAUAAAGAGUUUAUCGUGUCAUUUGGGAAGGAAUCGUCCUAAAUUGGCCGAAAAAUUUUUUAUGGCAUUAUCGAAAGCUUAUGGCAUAGAUCAAUCGAUAAUUUUAUUACGUAAUUGCAGCGAAUCAUUCAUAUACGAUAUCGUAGUUCGUCAUAGAAUUGUAGUUUCGAGUAAUGUAUUGAAAAAAUGGUACUUAACCAAACCGAAUCUUGUAAUACGUUAUUUGAAACUCGAUCAGCCAAUGGACGAUCCCUUGUUUCGUAAUACUUACAAGGUAUCCGUUCACAAAUAUAUAGACUUUUUACCGUCGUUAAUAAAAUAUAAUCUGAAAGAUUUCAUCGAGAUUUUUGAAAGAUACGAAACUAAUCCACCGGUGAUUAAGCUUAAGGUUAAGUGUGCCGAUAUGUUCCUUAAAAACGCUACACAAAAGUUCCUAGAGAAGCCAAAGUUAUUUAUAAAUAUAUUGCCCCUCAAACUGAUAGACUCCGACCGUAUGGAUAUUAUAUUCCCGAAAUUAAUGCCAAAGGAUAGAAGCAAAUUUAAUACAAAUCAAAUGUUAAAGUAUCUCGAGUAUUAUCCAGAUGAGAAAAAAGCGAUGCUCUUUUUAAAAUCCUACAAGGACGUUUAUAAGAAGAACUUGUUCGAUGAUCUAACCAACGUCACGGAUAGUUUACUUUGUAUUUUGCCGACCGAUCAACGAAUAACAGAGGCCCGUCGGUUGAAAUCGCAAAAGUCGACCGAUUGCACAUACGAAACGAAUUACAAAUGUGUAUGGAGGUGUUAUUUACCGACGGACGAGGUAAUUCCUACGAUCAUAAGCGAAAUAAAUAAGACCAAAUAUACCGCGGACAGAGUAGCAUUGAUAAUGCAGAUAAUUUAUUCCUGUAAGAUAAAUCAGGACGACGAGGCAUUAUUUAAAACGUUAGAAUAUAUCAAUGUAAGGCACAAAAACGAGGACGCUAAUUUUUGGGCUUCUUUAUUUGAAGAAUUUCGUAAUAUUUACGAUCUAUCGAAAUUGAGCAAAAGGCAUUGGAUUAUCAUCAAUGAAAUUAUCGAAAGGAAUUACGUUAUGGAUUAUUUAUGUGGGUUUUAUUCGUCGAAGAACAAAUUUCUAUUGGAAUCAGCAAUUCGUUUUCGAAUGAUGAAUGAUAUGCCAUUGGAAAAAAUAUUAAAUAUCUUCGUCGAUGUAGAAUUACAAAAUUGGGAGGACAGGUGGAUCAUAUUUAACGAUGACGCUGAAUAUCAACGAAGAUGUUUCGAUAGUAUCGUCAAAAUAAUAGUAAAGAAAUUUGAGAUGAAAGAUCCUAAUUGGGAGAAAGAGAACAAGUUAACCGUGACAAAGGAUCUUUUACUUGCCAUUAAUAAUUACAAUGUACGGCAUGCAGUAGGAAAGAAUACAAAAUGGGGAAAAUUGUCAUUGAAAAAUUAUCCAUGGCUUAUAGAACAGGUACGAUCAAUAAUAACCAAUGUACCGCCAAUCGAUAGCUAUCUCGUUAAAGAUAUUAAAAGGUUUUUGAAGAACGAUGAAGAUCUUUACAAAUUGUGGAUGAUAGAGGAAGAAAUUGCCGGGGAUAUUGAUUCUGGAAAUGCUCUGGCACAAUUGAAAAGGAAUCCGGAAUUUGUAUUGAAACGUUUUUCCAAUUAUUUGGACAAUUGUGAGAUAAGUACGCGCGUUAGAACGAUGAAACGUUUCAUUACUACAAGCCGUUGGUACAAGGAUAUACCGAUUAAAUUUGCGAAGGAGGCUAUGAGACGUCUAAAGGAUGAGAAUAAAUUUUAUUAUUUACAAUUUUUAGGUGUGCUUCUUUAUGGGAAAACAUAUGCGAAAAUCAUCGAUCCGUAUAUACCUAAAGAAAAAACUAUCGACAUUGAACCGAACGAUGCCAAUAACAGAUACAAACUAUUGAUAAACGCUUUGAGGGGUAUACUUCUGUCUGAUCCGCCUGUACCGAUUGAAAUAAUCGCUAGAAUAUGCGAAAGUGAUUACCUGUUGACGGCUUUACAGGUUAUAACAAAUGUAUGCGAUCGAACGUCGAUAAACAAAAUUAAAUCGUUCGCUAAAGAUUUAACCGAUAAACGUGUCUCAGUUAAGAAACACGGAAUAAGAUUAGUCUGUAGAAUUGAAACGCUUCAAAAUAGUUCGGAUUUUCUUUUGUCACAAUUGAAAGAGGAAAAACAUUAUUCGAUUCGGGAGAUUAUAAUAACGAAAACUUUUGAUAUGUUCAAAAAGGAACCUGGACCGAUUACCUGGUCGACAUUGAAAAAAUGCAUAAGCGAAUUUAAAUUGGAAGAUUGGCAAAAUUGUAAACAUCUGAUUAAUCCAAUGACGAAUAUUCCCACGGAAUAUAUAUCUGAUUUCAUUCGUAUGAUCAUAAAAAUGGCGGAAAACGCCAUUGUUCAGAUGGAUGGUGUCGAUGAUCGUACGAUAAAAUGGUACAUAGAAACUAUUUUCGGUAAAAUAGAUGAGGCUACGGCUAAUAUUUUACCGGAUGAUUAUUGCGAGAAGAUCAUCGAGAAAUAUCUAUUCGAUUCUGAUUACGUUAUGCAAGAUACAUUUAGAAUAUUUACCGUGAACAAAUAUCUUUUAUUGAGGAAGGACAAGCUCGAAUCGAGAUUCGACAUUUUGAUGCGUAUCUUUUUCAAUGCCGUCAAAAUUGGUUGGAAUAUGCCGCAUCCUAAGAGGUCACAUUUCUAUCCCGUUAAUUAUACAUUACGCGUUAUAAUACACGAUAUAAUUUCCCAUCUAUUGAGUGACAAUCAAUACGAUUUAAGAAUAAUCAAUGGAACUUUGAAAUUAUUCAAUGAAUGUUUGACACCCGAAAUGGAUAUUACUUCAUACUUUUUGUUGAUAAUAACGAAGGAAUAUGUAGAAUCGAACGAACCAUAUGUAUUCGCGUUGAAAUUGUGCGAUAAAAUACCGAAAUUGGUUUGCGAGUAUAGUCCCCUUUAUCCUACAAGUAUAAUCGAUGCCCUACAACAUUUCUUUGCUAUCAUUCGUAUUGAUAAUCUCGAGGAAAUGAAAUUAAUCGUAAUAGAAAAUCUGAUCGAAUGUCCAUCCAUUUAUGCUCAAUUGGUCGCAGUGUCGACUUUGCCGAUCAUCAAAAUACCGACCAACGUUCCAAAAUACGAUGCAUUGGUAAAUAUACUUCGUAAUAGUAAUAAUGCUACGAUUAGAAGUAUACUUUAUACGAAGAUCAAUGCAGUUGGUUUUUACAGUUGCACCGUUGAUCAAUAAAAACUUAAUUAAUAAUU